UAUUACCAUUCAUAUUUGUACUUUUUUAUCAUUUAAAGAAGAAACCAAUCCGAUGUAUAGUUGACGUUUGAGGCUUAAUACUCUAUAAAAGCACUAGAAGUUUUUCAGUUAGAGUGUUUUCAGCUUGUUUAUUUUCAUAUAAAAAUACGGCAUGCAGUUGCAUCAAACAAUGGUAUACAAAUUAUUCAAUGUAAAUUGUGAUAAUUGUCAUUAAUAAUCGCAAUUACAAUUUCAAGGGAAUAAUCGACAAUUAUGAUUUUUAGCCAUAAUCGUGCAGCCCUUGUAUAACUACUCAUCCCAUGAACGUUGUGAUGCAAUUGUUUUAAAAAAUGUGGAAACUAAAACUGGUUGAUUUUAAGCAAAACACCAUUCAAUUCUAAAUUAUGUUCAUUGCAGAAUAUUUGUAUGGAUUUAAGUAGUUUGAGACUUGAUGAUGUUAUUUACAAUGCUUUUUGAGAAUGAGCGGUCUGUGAUUUCAAUUUCUAUUUGAAUGUUUUGGUUUGCAUCUCAUUUUAGGAUUAUGGAUCGCAUAGUUUUUCACUGGGAAGAAACCAUUUUAAAUUAAAUAGUUUAUAUUAAGCAACUUUUAAAAAGGAAUUUUUCGCUGACUUCUACAGAAGCAUAUAUAAUAUGAUCGCUUAACAGUUGCUUUGAGCUCUUGAAAGGUUUAUAUGUUAUUAAAAAUCAAGUCCACUUUGAAAAUGUGAUUUCUGCUUCUGGAACCCAACUGUUGCUCGCUACUAAAGUUUUAAAACCUGUGAAAUUGCAUUGUGGGAAAUGCUACUCCACAUUGUUAGCUUACGGUUUAUAGUGCAUAUUAAGUAUUCUAGCUAUAUUUCACGUGCAUACUAAGUGCAGCAUGUAUAGUCAUAAAUUGGCUAAAUAGAAUUCAAAUAUGUACCUUUAUUUGUAAUAUAGCAUGAUAAUGUGCUAAUAUUGAAUACCGUCUAAUGAAUGUUUGUUUUUAAUUUGUGUGGUGACUCUUGUUGAUGUACUGAAACAUGUCAGCAACUAUUUUUGAAGACUGUUAGUCAUUGUUAAAGUGAGUGUAACGUAAAAGAACAAAGUAACUAUUUGUUUCAGCUUUAUGUACCUGGUAAACUUCGUUGAUGUGUUCAUCGCUUGAGUUUGCCUUCUGAAUUUCAACACUGUACUUGUCAUCAAAAGUGACAGCAUUUGAGUUUAAAACAUGUGGGAUCUGUUACAGUCUCCACCCUGGUAGAGUAACUGUAAAUGCUAAGAAAAUCGAAAAAAUGUGUAAUUUAAUUCAGUCUGGCUGCGAAAGUUUUGUAAACAAAGUAGGCAAGUAGUAUUGUAAGGGACGACUGGAGAAAAGUUCAAAAUAAGUAGACCGCAAAUCUCUCAGUUUUUCUUUGCUGUAGAUAUGGAAAUGAAGUUCACAAUAUAUUUGUUUGAUUGUGAUCUGAUGUUUUUAUGGACGAAAUAUUGUGACCACCAUGUGGUUACGAUGACAAAAGCAUAUGUUUUUAGAGUAAUCUGCCAAUUAAGUUUAUGGCAAAUUAAGUUGAUCAUUGUGUAAAAAUGACAAAAAGUUUGUUGUCGCCUUGAGGGACAAGCCACAGACAAGCGGGAAAUUCCUCCGUCCUCUGAAGACACAAUGAUUCAACCUCUACGUCAAGGUUUUGCUUGACACAGGCUUCUUGACACGCUACCAAGGUGGUUUCCAUGUGUCUGUAAGCAGAGUAGAAAUUGAACGUGUUUCUCCUGAAGUUACGAAACAGACACAUCCUAGAAUCAGGUUUCACAUGACACCUAAAGAUGUUAAGAGGUGAGGACAAGAAUGAAGACCAGGAGGGCUCAAAAGACAAGACGCAGAAGCAGAAGAAAAACAAAAGGGAACGGCAAGAUGUGGAAAAACUCGAGGCCACAGUGUCUGUUCCUCCACCCCCGCCCCUCCUUACGCAGGGGGAUGUUGGACAACAGACGGAGGCAGGGAAGUCUGAACCCGUUGACCCUGAAGUUGGAGCUGCUCUCAGCACUCCAGAAUCUUCUGCAUCGGCCAAGCAGCGGCGUUCCAUCAUUCGGGACAGAGGCCCACUGUAUGACGACCCUUCACUGCCUCAAGGUUGGACGCGCAAGCUGAAACAGCGCAAGUCGGGGCGAUCCGCUGGAAAAUUUGAUGUCUACCUGAUCAACCCAGAAGGGAAAGCCUUCCGUUCCAAAGUGGAGCUCAUGGCGUACUUCCAAAAGGUGGGCGAUACCACCACGGAUCCUAAUGACUUUGACUUCACAGUCACGGGCCGCGGGAGCCCCUCUCGCAGAGAAAAGAGACCGCCAAAGAAGCCUAAAGUGGUUAAACCCUCCGGUCGCGGGAGGGGUCGGCCAAAAGGCAGUGGCAAGGUACGGCAGGCCACAGAAGGGGUGGCUGUAAAGCGUGUCAUAGAAAAGAGUCCAGGAAAACUCCUUGUAAAGAUGCCCUUUGUGGCCCCCAAAACUGAACCAGGGGCUCCAGUGGGGCAAGCGCCAGUUGCCAAAGUGCGCCGAGGGCGCAAGCGGAAAUCGGAACAGGAACCGCCAAGCACGCCCAAAAAACGUGGCCGCAAGCCAGCAGCUGCUUCGCAAUCGGCGGUGGGGGCGGGCUCAGUCGCCGCAUACGCCGCCGCAGCCAUCCUCACCGCCGAGGCCAAGAAAAAAGCUCAGAAGGAGUCUUCCGUAAAGCCUGUUCAGGAGAGGGCGCUUCCCAUCAAGAAACGCAAAACUCGAGAGACUUUAGAGGAGUUGGAAGGAUCCACCGCUUCCACGACGGAGACGUUCGCACCAGGGAUAGCAAAACGACUGACUGCAUCAACUGUGACCCCUACAGGGGAGGAGGUAGAAACGGGACAGAAGUCUCACAAGCAUCCUGGUCGGAAGCACAAAGAGGCGUCCACGGAUCCGGGGAAUGGCAGCAGUGGCAGCGGGAUGGCAACCAGCGGCAACGGAUCGAAGAGUCACAAGAAGAGAGAUCAUCGAGGGCAGCACUUUAAACACCACCACCAUCAUCACCACCACCAACACCACCAUCUGCAGGCCAUGCCGCCCUCCACCUACACUCCGCAGGCCCACCAGCUCUCCCUGGGUCACUCCACGCAAGGGGGGCCGCCUGCGACCACAGAAAACGAACCCCAGGACUUGAGCACCUCCAGGCCCAGAGCAGAGCAUGUUGCCUGCAGGGAGGAAGUGAGAACUGAUAGCUCCUCGAGCAGGGACGCUCAGAACGCAAGCAAGAUGGCCUCCUCUGACCUGAGAGGGCAGCAGACAACUGUGACAGGGGAUGGCAAGGAGCUGAGAGACAUUGUUCCUCCCUCCGCUGUUCCGAGGCCGAGCCGAGAGGAAACGGUCGAGUCCCGGACACCAGUGAGCGAGCCAGUGAGCUGACUGACUAAGUGACUGAUUGGCAGCGGCUUUGCGUGUGAAGAGUCGGAGGCGGAGGCGGUCAUGGCGAGACGAGUGAUUUUUCGUUCUUUUUUACUGAGGAAAAAAGAAAAAGUAUACAAAAAUGUAAACGUACUUAAACAAAAGGCAGCUGUUGUGUCUCGUUCUCUCUGUGGGUUGGACGCGGGGCGAUAAUUCUCUUGCUUCCGGAUGAAUUCUCCGCUAAACUUUUUUUCUUUAUGGUUUCCUUUUAUUUCCCACUAUAUCUUUGUAUUAGUAUAUCUUAGCACUCACCUAAACCAGUUAUUCCUUUGUCGGAGCUUGUAGGGAGUAGAAACACACUCAAGUGGUAAUGGAUGCACAAGUCACACGCCAUAGUUGUCGUAAAGCGAAACUUUCCGAUCAAAAAUGCUCUCCAAAGUACUAAAAUGCCUCAUAGUCAUGUCAUCUCAACCCUAGCAAAAAGGUGUCCUAUCAGUGUGUUCUUCCUUUUGUGUCUAAAACGAAUGGGCAAGUCUGACGGCAAGCUGGGCCACAUUUCCACCUUUUCCAUUUGAGUCAGACGCAGCUGUUGCAGUAUUCUCACCUUUGAAAUAAGACGCCAGCUUAACUCCGACAGAAAAGAACUUCCUAGUUGUGGGUUCGUGCCAAGCUAACCGGUGAAGAUCAAUUGAAUUUGGAAGUAGUGUUUCCUUUGAGUUGUUGGUAUUUUAAGCGCACGCAUCUAUUAAUUAUCAGUAGUUCAGUUACCUAAUCACCAGUUUCGGCGGUGCCUGAGAAAAUGCGACUAGAGCGGAAAGCUCUAUUUUUCAUUUUCUCCGGUGGGGAAGAUAAAGCACAAAUGUAUUUGUUAGGGAGUAUUGAAAGCACAGUCCAGUGUAGCAUCUGUAGUAGAUGUCAGCUCAUGUAAAAGAAUAUGAGAAAAGGAGUUUGUUAUGUUUACCUGCUUUUUUCCCAUGAAGUACAAAGAGUGGCCUUGUGUUCUUGCGACACAAAUUCCUAAAAAAAAAAAAAAAGCAUACCGUUUAAAAUGAUGUAGCUUUUGUUUUUGUGUGUAUGUGGUUAUAGACUAAUGCCAUAGAGCUGCUGUUCUAAAAAUGAUUCAGAUGGGAAAGUUAAUAGAUGGCUUUAUUUAUAUGUCUUGUCAGGCUUUAGCUGUGUCAAAUGCAUGGGUUGCUGAUCUUUGCGUGCUAUUUAUUACCGUACUCCGACAUUGUCUUUCUUGUACAUAAAGCCAGGUUCAGCACUAAAGAUGAGGGUCAAACGUUUUAGAUACGUAAAUAUUAUUAAACAUUACUAGGCAACAAAUGAAAGAAAAACUUGCAUUCAUUGUACAAGACCAUGCAAUCACAAAUAGUUCUAUUAGUUUUCUAACGCCUACUUUUUCUAAAUGACAGCGAACAUUUGCAAUCAGAAAGAAGGACACCAAAUCAUGAAGUUGUUAGAGAUUGGACAUACUAAAGAUGUCUAAUUUGAUUGUACCUUUGAGAUGAAAUGUAAUUCUGAACCAAAACUGAGGAAGUUCUUCUUUGUUGAUUAUGUAAAAUUGAUUAGGAUUUUACAGAAACUUUACAGCACUUUUUCUGUUUCAUUUUUGUUUCUUCUUCUAGAUGAAUUGCACAUUACUUUUAAAGCACCUUCACAGAAUCAAAUAUUGGAAUUGUGAGAAGCCUACCCAUUUAUUUGCAUUAUAUAUUUUUCUUGUUAGCUUUGCACAGACUUCUGUUUUAUGUCCGGAGGUUGUAACUUUCUUCAGAUGUGUGUUAGAAUAGAAUGCAUGUUCAGUGUCGUUAUAAAGAGCCAUUCUUUUGUUUAGAUUGGCUUUUUCUGUAAAAAUACCCCAUAUUUACCAAAUGAUCAUGCAUAAAGGCUACAUUUCACUAAUAAUAGUGUUGGAUCAGGUCCGAGUCAAGUCAAAGUCCUUUGAGUCAAUUGAAUUUGAGUGGGAAACUGUUUUUAAUGUCUUGUCAUCUUAAUUUUAUGUGGUUAUUUCAUGUUACACAUGACGUGGAUUCGACUGUACUCAGUAAAAAAAAACCUGAAAUGUCAUAAUCCAUGUCAAGUUCCACCCGAAUGCAUCCAAGUCUGAGUUCAUUCAUAAUUGCAGUCCGAGUCCAAGUACCACAUCUCUAUUCGUGGCCAGUAAUGAGAUGACAAAGGCAGUUAGUAAAUGUCCUGAUGUUUUACUGUCACAUGCAACUCUGUGUGCGUGUCUAAUCGAAUAGAAAUAAAUCAAAAUAAAAAAUAUAUAUGCAUUAGACAUAUAUAUAGACAUAACAUUAAAUCCAAACCAUAAAAUUUCAGUUAUGUAUAAAACCAAUUGUUACAGACAUCUGAGUCUGAUGUCAUCACAGAUUUUAAUUCUGUAUUCUAGAUAUUGCAAUUGCUGUUUUGAGUGAGAGUUGCUGCUCUUUUUUUUUCCCUCAAAGUAUUGUGUUCAGUUUUGUUUGUGUAUGAAAUCUUAUACAUUCACGGUUAUUGAUGGAUGUGCAUUGUCACUGACAUAACUGCUGAAAAAAAUCUGUACGACUAAAAGCUUAAUCAGUCAUAACACUCAGCACUUGUUAAAUCUUUUCGUCUGGUAGUUCAUCUAGAGUAGGGUGUUGUUUUUGAUACUUGCUGUCAUUUAGGGGUUCAGAUUGGAGAGAGAACUUACCAGUCCUUUUAUCCCCCCAAGUGUGUUUUAGAGUAGACUCGUUAUCUGGAAUCUUAAAUAUAUAUUUUUAUUUUUUGUCGCUGAAUGAGUAGAUUACGAUCGACAAUCAAGAGGAACAUUGCAUAUUUAUUUUCCCCCUCGAGUCUUAUUAAGAUUGAAAGCGUCUCCAUUCUCUUCCUCCAGCCUCCUGCUCCCUCGACCCUCACGGGGAAGAGGCACAGAAUAAAAAGAGCGUUUCCGCUCCGAACAAGGGCUAUGUAAUCAUUUCAAGUAGUCAAAAGCAAAUGAAGGAAAUGGAUGUUUAAGUCAGAGGAACACAGGGUCUGGUCCUCGCUGCAAAGGCAAACUCAGUUAAUUGCUUGAAACUGGAGACUUUAAGUGUUAAAGUCAGAACUCCACCGGCUCUCACCCUCUGUCCUCGGCAGAGUCUGAGCCUUCACUUAACCGGCGGCUGACGUUGUGACCUGUCUGCGGUGAACGCCUCCCUGGUCGGACUAAACUCGGGCGGGAGAUCGGAGGAAGACGAAUGGAUUCCUCGGCAAGCACAUUUCUCGGUUACAGGUUCUGAACAGUAGCGAAGGAACGAAACCUCCAGACAUGAAUUGAAGUUACGACUCACAAGCUGCAUCAGUCUGGCUGAAACAGAAAGGGUAGUGCCUUUAUUUUGGGAGACUUACUAAGGUGGUAGAAGUGACCUUUGAUUCUAAAGAAACACCUUUAUCCCAAUGAAGCAACGUGGAAGGUGAUUUUACUCAAAUGCUUGGAUUUUAUUUGGUCAUUUUUCAUAGGUAGAACGUGCACUGGUGUGUGUGUUGUAACUAGGGUUUCACUGUUGUUCAUUUUUCUUUUUUUUUUCCCAUCGGCUGGCCACUUGUGUCCACCUAGAAAUGAUGUAUUGUUAAGAACUUCUUGCCUUUUGUAGCGCUCAAAGCCCACUGACAAAAAUGGAGCCCUACAAAUGGGUAAAGACAGAAUAAGAAGAUUACUUUUAUUAUUUAUAUACGUAUGUUGGUUUGUUUUAUUUCCUUCUUUGUUUGGGUUAUUUGUGCCUCUGGCAGUGAAAUAUGCUUUGGAAUGUCCUUGUGUCCCUGUAGCCAAAAAUACAUGCUAUGUACGUGAACAUGUAUCAGUAUGCAUGAUUGCCAUUAGAAGAUAGGACAUUGCUUGUCCUUUACUAUUAUAUAUAAAGAUGAGCUGAGCCCAACCACACCAACCGAAUCCGAAGGGUUUCAUGAGGUAUAAAAUACUGAAUGUGUUCUGUUUAAUGAAGGUUGUGCACUUCGCUCUGUUUAAUAUGAACAGAUUUGUUUCAUUAACUGAUGGUAGCUGAGUUCGGGCUUCAAAAGCCACUCCUUGUAGUGGCUAAAAUAAUUUGUAGAUUUCUGUCUUAGAUUUAUUUUUAUUAGUAGUAAUUUUCUUUUUUUUCCAAUUCUAAAUCCAACUUUGGAAAUAGACCGUUUUAUCUUCAUAGCAAUAGUACGAUAGUAUACCCAGCAGAUCGGAUAUGAGUUUUCUCCUUUAGUACGUCUCUGAUUUGUGUAACGGUAGGACUGAAGUAAACGAAAUUUACCCUUACGACUAAAAUGCAGCACUUUGAAUCGUGCAAGGAGGACAAUUUCAAGUCAAAUGAAACAGAAGUUAAACUAUAAGAAAUAGAUUCCAGUUCCACCGUGGUAGAAAGUUCAUGGUCUAUUUAACAUAGUCUUGUGCCUUGAAGUUUCAGUAAUAGAAUUUAUCUUUAUACUGUAGUAUACUGUUUUUAUUCCGAGUCCUGUGUUUGCCUCUUGUUGGUAUUCAGUGCUUUGGAUGUAUUAAGGAUUUAUAGAGAUCAAGAAUAUGUUUGCCUUGCUUUAUUUUCUUAAUUGAGAAAAAAGAAAAAAAAAAGCAUAAUAUUAGGGAGAUGUACUUGGGCAAUAUUGACGAUGUAAAAAGCUAUAGGAUUUUCGUGUUUUUUUUUUUUCAUCCCUGAUAUGUUGAAUGUUUCACAGAUUAUUAAGUAACGUGUGUUUGUUGGGAAAUAUUCUCCAUUUUAACAUGACCAUUAAAAAAAAAAAAAAAAACUUGGCCUCAAACAUAAUCUUCCAAUCAUAUUACAUUUUACGACAAAACUUCAUUCUUGACCGGAAGGACAACGAGUCUAAGAUCUGCACUUUAUAAAGUAUGUUUCCCGGCAGGACACCCAUUAACUUUUUGUAUGUAUUUUUUACCUUUGUCCAAAGCUGUUUUGUUUUCAUAUUAUUUUUUAAUUUAGUUUUAAAUAAAAGGGAUGGGUAGUAUGUAUCUAAAAGAAAAAAAAAUGUUAUUUUAACCAAACAAUCCUAAAGACUAUGUGUCAGUGGUUAUUCACCAUCUGCCCAGCUAAGUCCUUGCCUUCCUGAAAGUGAAAAGUAUAGUUUGUGUCUACUUUUAUAGUACUGUGUUACUGUAUCAUUUGUUUGCUGUAUGUAACAGAUACACAAUAGUAAACAACAUUUACCUGC